AUGUCUCGGCUACUCCUGGCGGCCGCCGUGGCCACGUUGGUGCUCGCCGCCGGAGCAUUCGAGAUCAAGGAGGCGACCCUGGCCAGCAUCCAGCUCGGCUUCAAGAACGGCAGCCUCACCUCCGUGGAGCUCGUCCGGCUCUACCUGGACCGCAUCAGCCGCCUCAACCCGCUCCUCCGCGCCGUCAUCGAGGUCAACCCAGACGUGCUCCACCAUGCCGCUCGUGCGGACGCCGAGCGCCGCUCAGCCUCCUCCAUCAAAUACCUCGCUGGCGGCGGGCUCCUGCACGGCGUCCCUGUCCUCCUCAAGGAUAACAUCACCACGCACGACGCGCUCAACACCACGGCCGGCUCCUUGGCGCUGCUGGGGUCCGUGGCGAGGCGGGACGCCGGCGUGGUGCGCUGGCUCCGCCUGGCCGGCGCGGUGGUGCUCGGCAAGGCCAACCUGGACGAGUGGGCCAACUUCCGCAGCCUGCAUGGCUCAGACGGCUGGAGCGCGCGCGGCGGCCAGGCCCGGAAUCCGUACGUGCUCUCGGCUGAUCCGUGCGGGUCGAGCGGGGGUUCGGCUAUCGCCGCGGCGGCAAACAUGGUCGCGGUGACGCUGGGAACGAAGAGGGACGGCUCCAUACUCUGCCCGGCGUCGCUGAACUCGGUGGUGGGGAUCAAACCGACGGUGGGGUUGACCAGCCGAGCCGGAGUCAUCCCCAUCACACCACGGCAAGACACGAUCGGACCUAUUUGCCGCACGGUGGCAGAUGCAGUCCAUGUGUUGGACGCCAUUGUUGGCUACGAUGCUCGGGAUGCAGCAGCCACGAGGAAAACUUCCAAAUACAUUCCCCAUGGCGGGUAUAUGCAGUUCUUGAACAUGGACGGAUUAAAGGGGAAGAGAAUCGGUGUCCCCAACGGCUUCUUCAACUUCCCGAAUGGGACUGUGCAGCACAUGGUUUACCGGCAACAUCUCAACACAAUGAGGAAACAAGGAGCUAUUCUUAUUGAGAACCUGGACAUAGACAAGUUAGAUAUCACAAUGGAUAACCUUAACAAUGGGCAACAGAUUGCAUUACCAGCAGAGUUCAAGUUAAGCCUCAACUCUUACCUAUUAGACUUAUCCUACUCCCCAGUUCGAUCACUUGCAGAGAUCAUAGCUUUCAACAAUGCACAUCCGGUUGAGGAGAAGCUGAAAGAAAUCGGGCAGAUCAUCUUCCUAGCAGCCGAGAACACGACUGGUAUUGGUGCUCCAGAGAGAGCAGCGAUCCGUCAGCUUAAGAAGUUGUCUACCAAUGGGUUGGAGAAGUUGAUGAAGGAGCACAAGCUAGAUGCCAUCGUGACGCCCAACGCUGAUGCAUCCUCGGUGCUCGCCAUCGGUGGCAUGCCGGGCAUCUCCGUGCCAGCCGGGUAUGGCAAGAUGGGGGUGCCAUUUGGUCUCUGCUUUGGUGGGUUGAGGGGGUACGAGCCGAGGUUGAUCGAGAUGGCCUACGCAUUCGAGCAACACACCAAGGUCAGGAAAGCUCCCAUGUUCAUGCCAUAG